CAGCUGCUAACUGCUCAUUGUUUGCUAAAGCUGAACUCAAAGCAACAUCAACCAUGAGACUGUCCCUGUGUGUCUUGCUGGUCACUCUGGCCCUUUGCUGCUAUGAGGCAAAUGCAAAAGUCUGUCCAUCUUUUAUGUCUGAAUUUAAAAGCUUCCUUUUGGAUACCGAAGAGAUAUACAAUAUUCACAUUCUGAAGUUUACUCCACCUAGAGAAGCUGCCGAGGCUGCGAUAAAAGUGAAGCAAUGCACAGAUCGUUUGCCCAUACAGGACAGAAAGAAAGUGUUCAGUCUUGUGAGACAGGUGAAGUCCAAGUGUAACAACUAG